CACAACGUCGAACUGCGAUGCAUUAUGUGCUUAAAUGAUCUGGCAUUCUGAGCUUUGGAUUAGGGUUCGCGCCGCGCUGCUGGCUCCGUCGGCCGAGGCAGCAGCGGUAACAGACAUCGAUGCGGGACUUCGGUUGCCAUUGAGAGCGCUACUACCAAAGGUUCUCGAGCUCCAAGCUCACGUAAACAAAUGGCUGGAAGAGGCAGGUUGUGCUCAACGACUGUCCGUAGAGGCAGGACGUCUGCAUACCGGCUCUUCGUACAGCACCUUGGCAGCUAGCGUUACCGUUGGGGCUAACACGGGCGGAAAGGACAAACCACCGCUGGUAGCAAUUUUCUGCCACCAGUCAGCGGACUACAUAUGCAUGGCGCUAUCUGUCCUGGCAGCGGGUGCCGCCUUCCUGCCUCUGGACCCCGCCUGGCCGGACCCACGGGUCGCCCUGGUGCUACAGCUGGCGCGCCCCUGCCUGCUGCUCACGACACCAGCGCACCGCCACUUGCUGCCAGCCGCUGUCCCUGCUAGCUGCUCCGUCCACGUUGUCACGCCGGCAGCUCCCGUACAC